GUGCAUGCGCCCUACGUGUUGUAGAAUUUGGAGCGAAGGAGCGAAAGACCUUGGAGGGUCUCACCCAAGAACCACACUACAAAUGGGCCCCGUCGCCUAGCAUUUACCCGACCAAGCCUUGCUUUUGGUGUAUUGCCAACAUCAGCACUCACCAAAAAUAAAAGGUCUUUCCAUCUUUCACACAGCUGACACUUUAAGGACGGGGAAAAUGGCAGCAAUUCCAUCCAGCGGUUCCCUUAUUGCCACCCAUGAUUACUACCGAAGGCGCAUAGGAUCUACAUCCAGCAACAGUUCCUGUGGCAGUUCAGAGUACACUGGGGAGGUCAUUCCACACCCACCAGGUCUGGCACGACAGGACUCUGGCCACUGGUGGUCCAGUUUCUUCUUUGGGAAGCAGAAUCAAAUGGGGACACUCAAUGGAUUUGAAUCCCAGCAGAAGUGAGUUUAAGAAAUGUUUUGUGUUUGGCUUGACUCGGCUC